CUGCGGCGCCCCGGAGCUGCUGAGACCUUCUCCCCGACGGCUCUCAGGGGCCGCCCCAGGCCGCUGUCUGCCCGUCAGUGCGUGGAUCGGGACUGGUGAAUGCCCCUGACCGGGGGCCACGGCAAAUAGAGCCCCGUUCGGGUGCCUGGGCGAGGAUGAGCGGCGGCGGCGAGGUGGUGUGUGCCGGCUGGCUGAGGAAGUCGCCCCCGGAGAAGAAGUUGAGGCGCUAUGCAUGGAAGAAGCGUUGGUUCAUUCUUCGGAGUGGAAGGAUGAGUGGGGACCCAGAUGUGCUGGAGUAUUAUAAGAACGACCACUCCAAGAAGCCCUUGCGGGUCAUCAACCUCAGUUUCUGUGAACAGGUGGAUGCAGGCCUAACCUUCAACAAGAAGGAGCUCCAGGACAGUUUUGUGUUCGACAUCAAGACCAGCGACCGCACCUUCUACCUGGUGGCUGAGACUGAGGAAGACAUGAAUAAAUGGGUGCACAGCAUCUGCCAGAUCUGUGGCUUCAACCAAGAAGAGGACAGUGCUUCAAGCAAACCCCUUACUACUUGGGGAGGGGGGGUCAGUGGCCAGUCUUCAGAGUCUGUAAAUGAUGGGUUCAACUCCUUUGUGACAGGGAAAGCCGCUGUUGGACACACAGACAGCUCCAAUUCAGAAGACAACUAUGUACCCAUGAACCCUGGAUCCUCCUCCCUGCUGGCCAUGGAGAGAUCUAAUGACAAUUCUCAGAGCGUCUACAUUCCUAUGAGCCCCGGGCCUCAUCACUUUGACCACCUCAGCUUCUCCCCUUCUGCUCUGUCGGUCCAUCGGGGGCCAAGCCGGGGGAGUGAGAUCCAGCCUCCCCCGGUCAACCGAAAUCUCAAACCUGACAGGAAAGCAAAGCCCACUCCUCUGGACUUGAGAAACAACACGGUCAUCGAUGAGCUUCCUUUUAAGUCCCCAGUCACCAAGUCUUGGUCUAGAGCGAUUCACACCUUCAAUACUAGCUCUUCCCAGUCCUGCCGCCCCGUCUCCACCCAAAGCAUCACCAGCACUGAUUCAGGAGACAGUGAGGAGAAUUACGUCCCCAUGCAAAAUCCUGUGUCAGCAUCACCUGUUCCCAGUGGCACGAACAGCCCUGCUCCCAAGAAAAGUACAGGCAGUGUGGACUACUUAGCCUUGGAUUUCCAGCCAAGCUCACCCAGCCCCCACCGAAAGCCAUCCACAUCAUCCAUCACAUCAGAUGAGAAAGUGGAUUAUGUGCAAGUGGAUAAGGAAAAGACCCAGGCCUUGCAGAAUACCAUGCAGGAGUGGACAGAUGUCCGGCAAUCCUCAGAGCCCAGCAAGGGGGGCAAGCUGUGA